UAGUUGCUCCUCCUUUUUGGUUGCUAGCAGAACAGCAGAGCAACAUCCAGAAUCAGAAUCAGAACCAGAUGAGGCAACGUCAUCGGUUGCUCUGAUUGAGUCUGAGAGCGUAGGGGAACACCAGGCAGAAAUGCCCUGUGUGACCACUGAGGGAGAGAGCCAUGCGAAGGGUGAAGGGGAGAUAGUUCAGGAAGCGUCUGGCAGUCCAGAGGAAGAGGAGAUUGCAGUGGUGAUGUCAGGGGAUGCACCACAGGAUGGUGGGGGUGUCCCAACUGCCCAGGGUAAUGUUACAGAGGAAAGGAAGGAAAGUGCCGGGGAUUCAGAUAGCUGCACUGUGGCGCCCUCUCCUUACACACCGGUUCAGUUCAGCCCAUUAGUUCCUGGGCCAUCUGCGUCCUCAGCUGUUGAACUCUUGCCAAACGACAAAGACUCUGACAGCAAUCCCUCAAGACUUGGAGACAGAGCAGGCCAUCCAGAUCAGACCGAGCCUUCAUCUCUGUCCCCACCUCUGGUGCCUGCCUCUGCCUCUGAAUGUUCGGAGGAAAGGAGUACCUCAGGCCACACUCCACGGUCCUCAGCGAAUGUCUGCUCCACCAGAGAAAUGCCGCAUCCAGACCAGGAGACUAACGAGAGCCUGGAGCAUCCUAGGGAAAAAGACAAAGUGGCCCAGGACCACAGCCCGGAAGCUGAAAGUCCAGCCACCUCUCCACUGGCAAUGCCAAAUUCAGAUCGCCUGCCAAAAUUCACUAGCCAAAGACCUCCAGAUCUGCCAACAACAAGGGGGAGACGGAACGUCACUCCUAGUUUAGAAGCUCUGUCCCCAGUUGGAUGUGCUCUCCCUGGCACAAGAUUGCCCUGUGCCUCUCUCAGGUACCGAGACCCUGUUCAGGAUACGUCACCGUCAAUCUCAGGACAAUCACCAACCAGGAGGCCCCAUUCCCAGCCCAGCUUUGACAAGUCCACCAACAGCUUUGAUAGCAAGCCCCCCUCGGCCUUCACCCCUGGCCUUCGCCUCCGCUCCCCCUCCCCUGCAAGAAGCCUCCCGGCUCCCAGCUCCUCCCCCACACCCAGCAACCUGACCAAAUCCCUAGCGGCCUCCUGCAUCAGCCAAACCAUCACCCAGAGCCUUGCCAAAAGGAACACUCGUGCCCAGUCAGCCAUACCCAUGGGAGGGUCAGCUCCAAAGAGCCACGCCUCCACUUCUCUGCCUCCCUCCUUGGCGUCCACCUUAAGGAUGAGGUCCCCCUCACCUAAAAACACCACCGUCACAGGCUCCAGUCAGAGCCCUGGUGCCACCAGCAUUCCCACAUGUAGCGUCCCUCGUUCCCCCACUACUAGGGCCACCCCAUCACCUACACCCUCACCCCCGCCCUUUCGCAGUCAGAGGUCGGUGUCCCCCGCCCCCCCUGUCAGCCUUCAGCAGGUUUCUGCCACCCCCCGUCCACAGUCGGCCGCCCCGGAGCAGCCGCGCUGCACCAACUGGAACAGCAACAACAAUAACAGCAACAGUGGCAGUUUUGGUGUCUGUCACGGGAAGCCUCCCUUGGUGAGCGCGACCCGGAGCAUGCUGUCUCCUGAUCCGCUCCGGAGUGCUUCCCAUAACCGGGUGGCCCGUCCAUUCUCCUCUGCUUCUGAACCCAGCUCGAGGGUCCAGUCACCCUCCCCUUCGCCCUCUCCCUCUCCAUCUCCUUCCCGCACCCGCAUCUGCUCACCGCCGCCUGCCCAGGACCAAGCUGGCGCCCUGAGGAACAAGCCCCCCCACCCAAAGACCCCUCGGGCAGGGGCGGCGCGCACAUUUGCCCCACUGUGCCUGUCGCAGGAGCGCUCUGGGACUUUCACCUGUUCCUCAUCACCCUGCGGGAGUCCCCGUGUGACUUCACCUCCACCCAUAGGCAUUCCCACUAACAUGUGGGGGGCCACCACCCCGCAACCACGAAACCCCAAGAUGGCCCCUAUGUCACCUGUCGGAGCUCCUCUGACAUGGGGGGAUGCCCCCGCCCAGUCACCGUGCUCCAGAAUCGCCUCCCCUUCUGCAGUGGGUGUGUCUAAUGCAUACGGGAGCCCCGGCAUCCAGAGCCUGAGGCGGCACCGUGGAAACAGUCUGCCCCUCCUUAGCCUGACAGACCGACCCCCGAGCCCCGUGCAGAAUGGGCGCAGGUCAUGGGCAGAAACUGGGCGCCGCUCUGUGGGCACGGAGCAGGAAACAGGGCUGAGGAGUCCUCGGGGUGCCUACAGCAGCCCCCCGUCCUGCCUCAGCCCUGGUGCCCUAUCCCCUGCCAGGCUUGGGACGGGCAAGGGCAGCCAGGGUGGGCAGCACUUCACCAGCAUCGCCUGGCCAGAUGUGCGUGAACUCUUGUCCAAGUACGAUGCCGGAGACGCCGCUGAGGGCGACGGUGUACCCUCUCCCACCGGCUCCGAGGCCGAGCAGUGCGACGACAGCCCCCGCGGAGGCAGCUGCAGGAGCACCCUCAUCUGCGCCUACGUGGCCCGCACCCCCCCGGUCCCGGAUGCAAGCACGCCCAUCCCGUCAAUGCCCCCAUCACCGUCCCUGUCCCCGUCUCCAGGGGAUGGGCCGGCAGAUCCCUCCCAGACACGGGGGGGCAAGGGGCCGCUGAAGACCAGCUACGCCACCACUGUCAACCUGCAGAUCGCUGGCAGUGGCCGUAUCACGGCCUUCAGCAAUGCCCAAGUCAGCCUGACCCAGACCCUCGCGCCUGCUUCAGAGAACCAGGCCCGAAGGCGAAUUAGCAUCAACGGCUGCAAUCUCGCUCAGGCCCAGAACUGCCAGAGGCUUUGAGGAAAACAAAUGGGGAAGGGGCUUCUACAACCGUGCCUUACAUUUCAGUGACAGUCUUACCAGGCACUGUACCUACCAAUCUGAACCUCCACCCCAUCUUAUGUAGUUAUGUUUGCCAGUGUUAUUUUAUUGGAUUUUUUUUUAUACAUUCAACCCUUAACGUUUGCUUUUUUUCCAUGCAGUGAACCGCAGCCUCAUUCCCAAGGAAGGCAGAGUGUUUUGUCAAAGCAUGUUAUGACUCUUAUUUAUGAAGUAGUUGUUUUGUUUGUUUCGUCUAUGUGUGUGGCACUUAACGCUGUCUCCUUACUUUGCACAAUGUCUUAAGCUGUGUGUGGUUCGGACGUGUCUGUGAAAUGAACUUUUACUUCAGGCUAAACUGAGAUGUCAAUGUUUUAUUUUUAAGUGUGUUUAAAAUGUCUGUCACCACUCAUUCAAAAAAAAAGGGGGGGGGGGCAUCAAUGGUGCAUCCUUAAAAUGUAUAUUUUUUAGAUUUCAGAAAGGGAACUUUAUUAAGGUAGCUGCUUUGUGCUUUGAUGAAAGUGCAACAAAACCAAUGUUUCUCCUCCAAAGAUGAGAUUGCUAAUAUUACCAAAUAGGUUUAAUAGACACUGCCUCAACACCCACAGAGGACAAACACAAACAUUGUAUUAUCCUGGGCAUUACAGGGAAAAAAAAAAAAAACCUUGGGAUAUUUGGAAUGGCUUUAUGUGACUUGUUAUAAAAUGCAACUUGUAUAAGUCAAUUAGCUAAUCUUGAAAGACUUCAGUGUCACCCAUUGGAGAGUAAGGGGUUUGUGGUGUUCUUCAGCCUUUACUUCACUGUUCAGAGCUCUGAGACACUCUUUGAGGUAAGAAUGGAGUGCCUAAAAACCAGGAAAAGGCAACCAUUCAACCAUUCAUAGAAUUGCACUCAUAUUUGUAUUAGAAUUUUUAUGACAAAGGUAAAACAAUUUCCCCUCCUCUGAAGGAAAACGAUACAACUGUGUCCUUUGCGUUUUGUGCUUUCCAGUUACUCAC